AGGCCUCCGCGAACCAGUGAGCAGCAUCUAGUGGAAGAGGGAGGGCAGAAGGAAGAGAAGAAAAAAAAAGAAAAAAAGAAAAGAGAUAGAAAGAGUGAGAGAAGUAGAGAAAGAGAGGGAGGAAGCGAGGACUGUAGUUUAGCCUCUGCGAAGCUGCUGUCGACAGGAAGAAACUGACGCUGACUGAGCCACCCGCUUGUUGUUAGCUCCCUGAAAAGCGCCCAAAAAGCAGCGACCAUGUCAGACGCAGACAAGUUUCUGUACGUGGACCGUAACAUGGUCAACAACCCGCUGGCGCAGGCCGACUGGGCCUCCAAGAAGCUGGUGUGGGUGCCGUCGGAGCGCCUGGGCUUCGAGUCCGGCUCCGUGAAGGAGGAGCACGGGGACGAGUGCGUGGUGGAGCUGGCAGACUCUGGCAAGAAGAUCAAGGUGAACAAGGACGACAUCCAGAAGAUGAACCCGCCCAAGUUCAGCAAGGUGGAGGACAUGGCCGAGCUCACCUGCCUGAACGAGGCGUCCGUGCUGCACAACCUGAAGGAGAGAUAUUACUCCGGUCUCAUCUACACAUACUCCGGUCUCUUCUGCGUCGUCAUAAACCCAUACAAGAACCUGCCCAUCUACUCAGAGGAGAUCGUCGAAAUGUACAAGGGCAAGAAGAGGCAUGAAAUGCCACCUCACAUCUACGCCAUCACUGACACCGCUUACAGGAGCAUGAUGCAGGAUCGUGAAGACCAGUCCAUUCUCUGCACAGGCGAGUCUGGUGCUGGUAAGACGGAGAACACCAAGAAGGUCAUCCAGUAUCUGGCUCACGUGGCCUCGUCUCACAAGACCAAGAAAGAUCAGAACAGCUCGGUCCUGUCACAUGGGGAGCUAGAGAAGCAGCUGCUGCAGGCUAACCCCAUCCUGGAAGCCUUUGGAAAUGCCAAGACAGUCAAAAAUGACAACUCCUCCAGAUUUGGAAAAUUCAUUCGGAUCAACUUUGAUGUCAACGGUUACAUCGUUGGAGCCAAUAUUGAGACUUACCUGUUGGAGAAAUCUCGUGCCAUCCGCCAGGCCAAAGACGAGAGGACCUUCCACAUCUUCUACUACCUGCUCACGGGCGCUGGCGACAAGCUGCGCGCCGAUCUCCUCCUUGAAAAUUACAACAACUACCGUUUCCUCUCCAACGGGAACGUCACGAUCCCGGGGCAGCAGGACAAGGAUCUGUUCACAGAGACUCUGGAGGCCAUGAGGAUCAUGAGUAUCCCAGAGGACGAGCAGAUAGGCAUGUUGAAGGUGGUUGCCUCUGUUCUCCAGCUUGGAAACAUGAACUUCAAGAAGGAACGCCACACAGACCAGGCCUCCAUGCCCGACAACACAGCUGCCCAGAAGGUGUGCCACCUCAUGGGCAUGAACGUCACAGACUUCACCCGGGCCAUCCUGUCGCCCAGGAUCAAGGUGGGAAGAGACUACGUCCAGAAGGCCCAGACCCAGGAGCAGGCAGAGUUCGCUGUGGAGGCUCUGGCCAAGGCCACGUACGAAAGGAUGUUCCGCUGGCUCGUCAUGAGGAUCAACAAGGCCCUCGACAAGACCAAGAGGCAGGGAGCCUCCUUCAUCGGCAUCCUGGACAUUGCCGGCUUUGAGAUCUUUGAGCUGAACUCCUUUGAGCAGCUGUGCAUCAACUACACCAACGAGAAGCUGCAGCAGCUCUUCAACCACACCAUGUUCAUCCUGGAGCAAGAGGAGUACCAGAGGGAGGGCAUCGAGUGGAGCUUCAUCGACUUCGGCCUCGACCUGCAGCCCUGCAUCGACCUCAUCGAGAAACCCGCCAGCCCCCCUGGUAUCCUGGCUCUGCUGGAUGAGGAGUGCUGGUUUCCCAAGGCCACCGACAAGAGCUUUGUGGAGAAGGUGCUCCAGGAGCAGGGGACGCACCCCAAGUUCUUCAAGCCCAAGAAACUGAAGGAUGAAGCUGAUUUCUGCAUCAUCCAUUACGCUGGAAAGGUGGACUACAAGGCGGACGAGUGGCUGAUGAAGAACAUGGACCCCUUGAACGACAACGUCGCCACACUGCUCAACCAGUCCACCGACAAGUUUGUGUCCGAGCUCUGGAGGGACGUCGACCGCAUCGUGGGCCUGGAUAAGGUGUCUGGCAUGUCGGAGAUGCCCGGUGCUUUCAAGACCCGCAAGGGCAUGUUCCGCACCGUGGGCCAGCUGUACAAGGAGCAGCUGUCCAAGCUCAUGGCCACACUGAGGAACACAAAUCCCAACUUUGUCCGCUGCAUCAUCCCCAACCACGAGAAGAAGGCUGGUAAACUGGACCCCCACCUGGUUCUGGACCAGCUGAGGUGUAACGGUGUCCUGGAAGGGAUCCGUAUCUGCAGACAGGGCUUCCCUAACCGCAUCGUCUUCCAGGAGUUCAGGCAGAGGUAUGAAAUCCUCACUCCCAACGCCAUCCCCAAGGGCUUCAUGGACGGAAAGCAGGCCUGCGUGCUCAUGAUCAAAAGCCUGGAGCUGGAUCCCAACCUGUACCGCAUUGGCCAGAGCAAAGUGUUCUUCAGAGCCGGAGUCCUCGCUCACCUGGAGGAGGAGAGGGACAUGAAGAUCACAGACAUCAUCAUCAGCUUCCAGGCCUGGUGCAGAGGCUACGUGGCUCGCAAGGCUUUCGCCAAGAGACAGCAGCAGCUGACUGCGAUGAAGGUGAUCCAGAGGAACUGCGCCGCUUACCUCAAACUCAGGAACUGGCAGUGGUGGAGGCUGUUCACCAAGGUGAAGCCCCUGCUGCAAGUCAGCAGGCAGGAGGAGGAGAUGCAGGCCAAGGAUGAGGAGCUGAAUAAGGUGAAGGAGAAGCAAAUGUAUGCCGAGCAGCAGCUCAUGGAGUUGGAGGAAAAACAGCAGCAGCUGAGUGCCGAGAAGAUGGCCCUGCAGGAGCAGCUUCAGGCAGAAACCGAGCUCUGCGCCGAAGCAGAGGAGAUGAGAGCCCGUCUGGCCGCUAAGAAGCAGGAGCUGGAGGAGAUCCUUCACGACCUGGAGGCCCGGGUGGAGGAGGAGGAAGAGCGUGCCUCUCACUUGACAACGGAGAAGAAGAAGAUGCAGCAAAAUAUUUCUGACCUGGAGCAGCAGCUGGAUGAGGAGGAGGCAGCCAGGCAGAAGCUGCAGCUGGAGAAGGUCACUCUGGAGGCCAAGAUAAAGAAGGUGGAAGAAGACGUUAUGGUCCUAGAUGACCAGAACAACAAACUAAACAAGGAGAAAAAGUUGCUUGAGGAGAGGAUCUCUGAGUUCACCACCAACCUGGCAGAGGAGGAGGAGAAAUCUAAGAGUCUGCAGAAACUCAAGAACAAACACGAGGCCAUGAUCACAGACCUAGAGGACCGCUUGCGCAGAGAGGAGAAGCAGCGUCAAGAGCUGGAGAAGAACCGACGCAAGCUGGAGGGCGACUUCACCGAGACACACGAUCACAUCGCCGAGCUGCAGGCCCAGAUCGCUGAGCUCCGCGCCCAGCUAGCCAAGAAGGAAGAGGAGCUCCAGGCAGCUCUGGCCAGGACCGAGGAAGAGGCUGCGCAGAAGAACUUGGCGCAGAAGAAGAUCCGCGAGUUGGAGGCUCAGCUCUCUGAGCUGCAGGAGGAUUUGGAGCUGGAGAGGGCGGCUCGCGCCAAAGCAGACAAACUCCGCAGGGACCUGGGAGAAGAGCUGGAGGCUCUCAAGACCGAGCUAGAGGACACUCAUGACUCCACCGCUGCUCAGCAAGAACUCAGGGCCAAACGUGAGAUGGAGGUGGCACAGCUCAAAAAAACUCUGGACGAAGAAGCCAAAGUCCACGAACAGCAGAUGGUUGAGAUGAGACAGAAGCACAGUCAGGCCUUCGAUGAGCUCAAUGAGCAGCUGGAGCAGGCUAAGAGGAACAAAGUGUCGAUGGAGAAGGCCAAGCAGGCCCUGGAGUCCGAGAGGAACGAGCUGACCAUCGAGCUGCAGACACUGAUGCAGGGUAAAGGAGAUUCCGAACAUCGCAGGAAGAAGGCUGAGGCCCAGGUCCAGGAGCUGCAGAUCAAGCACACGGAGAGCGAGCGCCAGAGGUUGGAGCUGGCCGAGAAACUCACUAAAGUGCAGGCUGAACUGGAUAACGUCAACACUGUGCUGACCGAAGUGGAGGGAAAGUCCAUCAAGGCAACCAAAGACUGCUCUGCUGUGGAAUCGCAACUGCAGGACGUUCAGGAACUCCUCCAGGAAGAAACGCGCCAGAAACUGUCGCUCGGCACUCGUCUGCGGCAGCUUGAGGAUGAGCAGAACAACCUGAAGGAACAGCUGGAGGAAGAAGAGGAGGCCAAGAGGAACGUCGAGAAGCAGCUUCAGACGGUUCAGGCGCAGCUGACUGAUCUGAAGAAGAAGGUGGAACAGGAUGCGGGCUGUCUGGAGACUGCAGAGGAGGGGAAGAAGAGGGUCCAGCGGGACCUGGAGUCCACGACCCAGCGCCUGGAGGAGAAGUGUGCCGCGUACGACAAGCUGGACAAAACAAAGACGCGUCUCCAGCAGGAGUUGGACGACAUGGUGGUCGACCAGGACCAUCUCCGACAGAUGGUCUCCAACCUGGAGAAGAAGCAGAAGAAGUUUGACCAGAUGCUGGCGGAGGAGAAGAACAUCUCUGCGCGCUACGCGGAGGAGCGUGACCGAGCCGAGGCCGAGGCCCGUGAGAAGGAGACCAGGGCCCUGGCUUUGACUCGGGAGCUGGAGUCUCUGAUGGACCUCAAGGACGAAGUGGAUCGCAGCAACAAACUGCUGCGGGCUGAAAUGGAAGACCUGGUUUCCUCCAAGGACGACGCUGGAAAGAAUGUGCACGAGUUGGAGAAGGCUAAACGUGCGAUGGAGCAGCAAAUGGAGGAGAUGAAGACUCAGCUGGAAGAGCUGGAGGACGAGCUGCAGGCCACGGAGGACGCCAAGCUGCGCCUGGAGGUCAACAUGCAGGCCAUGAAAGCCCAGUACGAGAGAGACCUGGCGGGACGUGACGAGAUGGGCGAGGAGAAGAAGAGGGCUCUGGUCAAACAGGUGCGGGAGAUGGAGAUGGAGCUGGAGGAUGAAAGGAAGCAGCGCUCCGCAGCCGUGGCCGCACGCAAGAAGCUGGAGCUGGACCUGAAGGAGCUGGAGGCAGGAAUCGACAUGGCCAACAAGAACCGCGACGAGGCCCUGAAGCAGCUGAAGAAACUCCAAGCCCAGAUGAAGGACCUCAUCCGGGAGCUCGAGGACACUCGCAUGUCCAGAGAGGAGAUCCUCGCCCAGAGCAAGGAGACCGAGAAGAAGCUGAAGGGAAUGGAGGCCGACAUGAUCCAGAUGCAGGAGGAGCUGGCAGCUGCAGAGAGAGUGAAGAGACAGGCUCAGCUGGAGAGAGACGAGCUGCAGGAUGAGAUCAAUAACCAGGCCGCCAAGAACGCUCAGGUUGCUGAGGAGAGGAGACGACUGGAGGCUCGUAUCGCUCAGCUGGAGGAGGAGCUGGAGGAGGAGCAGUGCAACAGCGAGCUCAUCAACGACAGGCUGAAGAAGUCAAUGCUGCAGACCGACCAGAUGAACGUGGAGCUGGCCGCCGAGCGCAGCACCUGCCAGCGCGUCGAAGGCGCUCGUGCCCAGAUGGAGCGUCAGAACAAGGAGCUGAAACUGAAGCUGCAGGAGCUCGAGGGAACCGUCAAGUCCAAGUACAAGGCCAACAUGGCCGCCCUGGAGGCGAAGAUCGCUCAGCUGGAGGAACAGCUGGACAUGGAGACCAGGGAGAGACAGGGCGCCACCAAACUCGUGAGACGCACCGAGAAGAAACUGAAGGAAGUCAUCCUGCAGAUGGACGACGAGAGGCGCAACACGGAGCAGUACAAGGACCAGGUGGACAAGCUGAACUCUCGCAUGAAGCAGCUGAAGCGUCAGCUGGAGGAGGCUGAGGAGGAGGCUCAGAGAGCCAACGCCAACCGAAGGAAACUGCAGAGAGAGCUGGAGGACGCCACGGAGUCGGCAGACGCCAUGAACCGUGAAGUCAACACCCUUAAGAACAAACUCAGGCGUGGUGACCUCCCCUUCACCGUGCGCCGCACUGUUCCCCGCGCCUCCGGCAUCGAGAGCGACGAGGAGAGCGAGCCCAAGAGCGAGACCCCCGAGCCCAAGGCUGAAUGAACAGCGACUCCUUAGAGCUGCAUCAGAAAUAGACCCAAGAAAAAAAAAAAAACAUUCAGGCACACAUUACUCACAUUACUGUAACUAUGAACAGAGGGAAGAAAAAGAAAAAAAACGUAUCCAGACUAGAGACAGGGACUCAUUCCUCCAUUAGUCCUGAGACAAUCUAUGCAUUUAGAACAUGUAAACCAGUUUUAACUCGGACAAUCGUCGCGCUGACAAAAAACACACACUCACACGUUAUAUUAUGGGCCAAAAUUUUUCUUUUGCUUCAUUUUUCAUUCUCUGGGAAAAAAUAUUUUUGUAAGGAAGCAUUCCACUUAUAUUAGUCCUGAUUUAGGAUCUAUUUUUCUAAUUGAAGAAAAGGAAAAUAAAGAAAGAAGUAUACAUAAAUGAAGGCAGAUUACUGGAAGGGGACCAAAGUAAUAUCUCAAUCUAUAGAGUUGUAUUUUAUGCAGACGUUUUUAUAAUGGUUAAGAAUGGAAGUGCUUUAUUAUGCUCGCGCUCUCGGCUCAAAGGUUUAUACGCUGAAAUGUACUCUAUCAGUUUAGCUGCAAUUAGCACUCGUGACUAUGCUUUUGGGCUUUUUUUUUGUUACAUUUCAUGAGGAAACUUAAAAAUUUGAGGCAGAUUUCAAGUAACGAUCAGAGACUCAUUGGCAUGCUGAAGGCAUUGUGAUUGUGACUGUGCGGAAAUUUCUUAAUUUUGCACUGAAAAGAAGAAGGAAAACAAAAAAAAAGACUUUAGCCUCGAACGAUGUAAACCACUGUUUUUGUGUGUUUUCAUUGAAACGGUUAAGGAGAAGUUUCUAAAGCUCAUUUAGGAAGUGCCAACACACACUAAGGGCCUUAAAUGCAGCUGGGAAGGGGCUUUGUUUUCUGGACAUGCAUUGAUUUGUUGUUUUUUUUUUUUAUGUUUAUCAUGAUCAGUGUUUCGGUUAAUGUUCAGGGUCGAAUUCAGGGGGUGGUGGGGUAGUUCUUAUACUCACAGCACACACUGUAUUCUCAGGGCACAGCUUUGUUGAGACAGGAGGUUGUAAAGUACUAAAAAGGCAGAUUCAGGAAGCGGUGACGUUACUUUUAAUGUGCGCUAAACUCUUGAUUGGCCUUUUAUAGUGAACCCACGAGAGCGGGUUCGGGGAGUCGCACGCGAGUAGAUGCGAGUAGAUGCGAGCUGUGCCCGGGGUCGGCUUUUGGCUCACACUGCUGGAAAGUGAGAGGAACGUGUUGUUACUUAACAGCUCACGAUUUAAAGGGUCGCAUUUUUCGAUAAACUAAAGGAUAAAAAAAUAAAUAAAAAAAAUCUCAAAUAUUUUGUCUGUCUGCACCUCUGGAACAGAAAUCAUGUUGUGUAAUGUUAAUGCAAUUAAAGAUGCUUUCUAAACUGCUA